CUUUAGAAAGACCAGAAUGCAUGAUUAUAUUUUAGUCAAACGAUAUCAUAUCAUGAUUUGAUUUAUAAAUAUCUCUUGUUAUUAUUAUAUCAAAGUCGAAAUAACACAUAUUUUUUUCUCUGAAAUGGUGCCAGUUAUUUAUGAUAUGCUGUUGGUUAUCAUCUAUCUCUUUAUCGGUGUAAACGGAAAGGUUAAAUGUUGGCCAGCAGCUAUAUCAACCGGUGAAAAGACAAGUCAGUUUUGCGAUGAUUUAGAUGGUACUCUAUUGUACAUGACAACUGGUUUACAGGAAUCCCUUAUGUAUACGUUUAGAGCAAGUCUACUUACAGCGAACAGGGAUGAAGUAUUAACAUGGACUAAGCACCGUGUCAAUAAAGAUCUUUAUGACGAAGGAAGAACAUACUACAGCGAAUUUCCAAAUAGUAAUAAUGUUCCAUCUGUUGACGAAUCUACCCUCUGUAUUUAUGCUAUAUUUUAUCUAACCAAUGAAACAAUUGGAUGGGUUCCGCUUAAUUGUAAUGACAACUUGAAAACCAUGGCUUGUUGUCAUUUUGGUAUAAUAUGUCCGGACUGUGUGAAUGCUACCUUGUAUGAAGAAGCGGUUACAUGGUACACAGCAGAAAACUAUUGUGCAAAAGAAGGAGGGAGUUUAGUAAACCUUACUCAUUCGAAUGGCAUCUAUAAAAGCUUUGAGAAAACAGAAUGGAUUUCAUCAGGGCUAACUAAGUUUUGGACUGGUCAUUAUGCAUCAGGGAAUAUUGUCGAAAAUUUUGAGAUUUCAAAGAUGGAUUAUUUUGAUGAAGUAGUAAAUAAUCAAACGGGUUGUGUUUACCUUAUUGUAAAACGACAAAAUAAAGGCUUUCCUAAAUACCAAUUGGUAACAGAUUCGUGCAAUGAAGCAACGUAUGGAUUUAUAUGCAUGAAACCCACACAUGAGUAUUAUUUUGAUAGAACAGAAAAAAUGAUUGUAGUAGGCAGCAAUGUUCUCAAAUACGAUGGUCAGCCCUAUACUAUAACGGAGUGUCAGGAUGAGUGCUUUGUAAUGAUAAAAAAUGGAUUUGCAUGUACUGGCUUUGAUUAUAAUAGAGCAAAUUCGAGCUGCCGGUUUAAUGAAUUAAUCUUCCCUAGCGAAAUUCCGAAAAAUGUCUGGCAAUUUAGCUCCGAUUGGGACACUGUUGAUCGUACCGUAGUACAUGGUAUGCAUAAACGUAAGGUUAAGUAAAAUUGAAGAGUAAAUAUGAUAUGUAACUUUUUGGCUUCAGGCUGUUACUAGAAAUAAAAAAAACGGUAACUCAUUUAACUAUUAGCAUGGACAAUUAUCGAAUGAACAAUGUAUAAAUCGUAAGUACAGAUUGAUUGUAUAAUAUGUAAAAACUGUGUCAAAUUUGUUUAAAAUACUGACAUGCCUAGAUGUUUUUGUACAAUAGAUUAUGUCUGUCAGAAUGGAUCUUAUUUGGUCAUGUUUUUCUUAAAUCCUACCCCAUAAAUGUCAACCUAUCAAUGUCAUCAUAUUGUUAAUUAUAAAGCAAACAAAACUCAUACAUUGAUGUCUUAUAUUUUUCUAUCCAAUAUCAGGGUAAAUAACUCGAAACAAGAACCGUUUUACAAUUGUUAGAAAACAUA